AGCACCGCACACGUUUGCGCUCCUGCGGCACAGAGAAUAUCACCAACUGCAGUGAGUCUAUUGGGCUCCUUGUCUUGGGGGCGAUAGUCGCACCUCGAAGGAGAGAUAGGUCACCACCCGUGUUGUCGAUUGGUCUUCUGCGCUCCAUCUCCAGCAAACUCUUCCGGAACAACUACAGCGGGAAUACGUAGACUACACAGCAGUGCGGGGUGCCGGGGUGCGGCUUCCCGUCGUGUCUUGCCUUGAAGGGAUAACAUAAGGCUACUCUGGGCUUCUUGCUUCACUGCUGUUCCAGGGCUCUUUCUCUCUACCUUGCUCGUGAAGGCGGUCGGGGGAGCAGGGCUCCUCUUCUCGGCGCUAGCGAGAGAGGCGGACAGUAUUCUGUUUACGUCGAAUAGGACUGCUAGACGCGGAGCAUCUCCGAGGUACAAGGCACAGACAGAGGAGGUUGUGCUAGUAGUGGUAUACUACAAACGAGGAUACACCCUACGUCAUCAACACAGUGAAGGCCUUCGAGCUAGAACGGACGGGCAAUACAGGCAUCCGCUUAUAGAAGAAGCAGCAGGAACAACAACAGCAGCAGCAGCAGCAGCAGCAGCAGCAGCCGCAUCAGCCGUACUAAGCACCAGGAGCAUCAGCGAUCAGCUCGAGAGGGAAAAUGACCGACCGGACCGAUGACUUCAGAUUGAUCGCGGCGGCACUUCCGCCACAACCACGUCGCGCAUCGCCACACCCUCCAAAGCCGAAACGUGCAGCGGCAGCAGGCGGGGCGGCGGGAGCGGGGGUCGUGGCGCAUCAGGUGUCUACGUUGGGGGAGUUUCACUCAGCGGCAUCCUCCAUCGCCAAGAGCAUCCACAAGGUGUCCCAGAAGCUGGAGCACCUAACCAAACUGGUUCAACAGCGCGGAUUGUUCAACGACCCGGUAGCAGAGAUCAACUCUCUCGUGCACGUGAUCAAGCAGGAGAUGCAGGACGUCAACGCCGAGCUGGAUGCCUCGCAGACGUACGUAAAUCGGCGAAAGCAAGAGAUGGGGGAUCGGAACCAGGCUGCCAACCACAGCGUCAACAUCGUGGGCCAGCUGAAGACGGAGCUGAUCAAUACAGCGAAGACGUUCAAGAAUGUCCUUCAGCAGCGAUCGAACAACCUCAAGGCCCAGAAGGACCACAGAGAGAUGUUCGUUGGCAGCCAGUCGUCCACCCUGGCGCUCGCGCCGCCGCCUGCCUACCGGCCGCUAGGCAUUUCGCCCUUGAAGCCGUCUGGCGAAGAGGGAAAGGGGAGAUCAUCUCUGGGCGGGGGACAGGGGGCCAACGGCGGUUUCCCCCCAGGGGGCGCGUUAGGGGCGGCGGGGGGGGUGGGGAGCUCACCGCUUCCUCGACCAGGACAGGUGGGAUGGAUGGCCGUGCGCGGUCUUAAAAAGGUGACGUCAUAUCCCGAAGCGGAACAAGAGGCUUCGGCGGAUACGCCGUUGAUAGCGGCGCAGGGGCAACAGCAGCAGCAGCAGCAGCAGCAGCUCAUGCAGAUGCAGCUGGCAUCUGGAAAUCAGGGGUAUCUCGAGUCGAGAUCUUCGGCUGUUCAAGAGGUAGAGGGGCACAUCGCCGAGCUGGGGUUGAUCUUCAACAAGCUCGCGACGAUGCUUCAGGACCAGCGAGAAAUGGUUGAAAGCGUUCACGACAAUGUCGAGGAUGCGGGAGAGAGCGUGAACCAGGGGCACUUGGCACUCCUGAACACGAUGCGAUCUCUCAGCAGCAACAGGCGACUCGCGUUGUCCGUAUCGGGAAUAUUGCUCCUGUUUGCGCUCUUCUUUUUCGUGUUUCUCGUUUGAGCAGAUAACCUUAUUCGCGACGGUCUCCAUGUCGCAGCCGUUAUCUGUUGUCGUCGACAUUUUUUUUUUCGGGGGCAAGGGGUUCCGGUUUCUUAGAUACCCGCCCCUCCCACGGUGGAGAAGGGUUGUGAGGGUGGUCGGUUGAUUCCUGUUUGUCUUGAGAAGGAAUGGCAGCAUUCAACGUAGACACGUGUGCAAUAUAUGGCCCAGCAGUAUGCAAACGAAAUUCGCAUCGUUCGUGUUGUUGUGGACGGUGAAAAAUGUUCUGGUCUGCCUUGUAGUUUGCGUACCAAGAGAAUCAAAGAUGGUAGUUGACAGCUUCUUGUCACAGCUGUCAAGCCGUCGAGCUGUCGGUCAAGGCAUUUGGUGUCGUCAUGACAGAACGUCCCCUAUCCCCGGAUGGAAGAAUGCCAGCAAUAUCUGUAUGGAAACCCCUAAUAUUUUGCCUCCGGCUUCCUUCUGCCGACUGCUAAUGGCAAGCAAGUGUCCUGAAACAGCCUAGAUACUAGCCGGCAGCACCCAAAACCGACAAUUACACCUUGGAUAAGGGAUGAGAAGACUUAAGCGCCCAAGUACCGCAAAACAAGAGAUUGAGGACAUUUUUCAAGAACAUUCGAGACGUUUCCAAGA